ACACAGCUAGCCGAACUGCGCCGCUAACGAUGGAGACCGGCAAAGCCCCGGUGUCGGAGCACGAGGAGACGUCCAAGUCCAAGGCCGCCGCGCUCGAGGUGGCCAGCGGCGGGGGCAGCAGGGCGGCGAGCCGCGGGCUGGCCGUGCUCGACCUCAUCCUCCGCUUCGUGGCGGUGAUCGCGACCGUCGGGAGCGCCAUCGCCAUGGGCACCACCAACCAGACGCUGCCCUUCUUCACGCAGUUCCUCCGGUUCAAGGCGCAGUACGACGAUCUCCCGACACUAACGUUCUUCGUGGUGGCGAAUUCGAUCGUUGCCGCGUACUUGGUCCUGUCGAUUCCUCUGUCCAUCGUGCACACCAUCAGAAGCAGGGCAAAGUACAGCAGGCUGGUCUUGGUCUUCUUCGACGCGGCUAUGCUGGCGCUGGUGACGUCGGCGGCGUCGGCGGCCGCGGCGAUCGUGUACCUGGCGCACAAGGGUAACGCGAGGGCGAACUGGUUCGCCAUCUGCCAGCAGUUCGACGCCUUCUGCGAGCGCAUCUCCGGCACCCUCAUCGGUUCCUUCGCCGCCAUGGCCCUGCUCGUGCUGCUCAUCGUCCUCUCCGCCGCCGCGCUGGCGCGCCGCUAGAUGGCCGGAAUGCCGGAUUGAUGAACUUGUCACUUGUGACGGGGCAACCGGCGCGGUGUGCUUUCCCUGCCGGCUGCGUGCACAGGAUAGAGGAUACGUGUGGGGCUUUGUGAUCUUGUCUGUUUUGUGAGAUGUCCGAGUGCAGUCGUCACAGCAACAUGGCGUGUGGUUCCUGCGAGUGUCUGUGCAUUGUUUUUCUGGUCACUUUUACCGUUAACGCUUGGUUGAAGAAGUGGUUUUGAACAGUCAACAGGACAAUGCCAGGACUUGCCCCA